UGGCAUUGCCUCCACCUGCAUAAGAUCAGGCUGCAAGUAUCAACUGGCCACUCUUAUCUCCUUGCUUCUUUCCAGCACAAACGAUUACUGACACAAACUGUUAACAUCCUCUCAGCUCUAUGGCAAAUGAAGGACCUGUUCUCAUCUAUCAACCAGCUGUCAGUGUUUUGGAUAAAACGUUUAGAUGUGAAAUUGAAAGCCUUGGCAUGUAAAAGGAUCCCUCUGUGUUCUGGAAUAGGAGGUAAGCUCAACGGGAGCUGCUUGUUGUCGCUCCCCUGCAAACAUACAGUACACACAACCUUAAAAUUUCAGCUCAGCAGUACUGUGUUUCUAAGCAACAGGCAAAUGCUUCAUUCUCCUGGUUUCCCUGAGCAAGUGGUUCAUUCCUGUUAAGGUACUGGUGGUCAAGGAAGAUGAGCAUAACAUCAUUUGGACUGAAUGCUUUUCUCAUGGUAUUCAGCCAGAGGAAUUCCAGAACUUGAAUCUUUCUGAUACCCAUUGUGUAAAACGACCGGAAAAGCUCUAAUUUAACUGGGACUCUGUGGUCCUGUUUGCAACCUGAAGAAUGCCGAUAUCCAUAGAAAGAAAACGCUUAAAAAAAGAAAUUGAAAAACUCUUGGGAGAUUAUGUUGGUAUUAAACUUCGGGAAAACGCAUUUGAUCCACAAGGAAAGAGGCAGACUAGCUUUUUGGAUGACUUGGCUCACUAUGACUUGGCCAUAAAUCUUGCUUCACCUUGGCUCAGCGAUUCUAAAGCCCAGAUGCCUUGGGAAAAAGAAAAAGUGAAGCUACCAUUAUAUCACCUAUGCACAUAUCCCAACCGAAUGGAGAGGGAAGCUAUGAUUUUAUCAUCGUAUGCGGGAAUGCUAAUGAAUACCAUUCCAGUUGAAGAUAUCAUUGGGAUUUAUAACACUGGACCUUCUGCAGCACACUGGCGUAAUUCUGCAAAGGGUCACUGGAUUCAUCCUUGUAAUCUCUCACUGCAUCCUUUUGCCAUGCUGACAGCUCCCCAAGCUGCAGAACAUGCACGGAAGCAGAGCAUCAAGUUCCACAGGGCAACUGCAAGCCGAAAUGCCACCAGAACUUCAAAAAAAGGAAUGGACACCAAGUAGAAUCAAACCGAACCUUUAUUUUCAAGAAAGUGACACACUGAAGUACAUCAUUUUUUUUAAUCCAAAGAAGAGUAGACUUCACUUCUAAAUCUUCAUUGAAAAGGCCAGUCCAGAGGGAACAUGGACCUCAUGCUGCCUGACCCUGUGCCGGUUUUAUCAUGGGGCAUAAUACCAAGGCACCGUACACAGGACUGCAACCUUAAGGUGUGGCUGGAAAUGAAAAUCGGUGCCAACAAUUGUUGAUUACAUUUGAGAUGCUGAAAGAGUACAGCCAGGCAGGCAGGCUUUACUUAUGUAAAGGAACUGACGGUGGGGGUUUUUAUCGGGGUUUUUUUCCUGCUUCAGGAACUCC